CAAGGUACUACCUAGGUACCAUAGUCCGCCGCUUUACUCCUCGGAUGCCGCGGCGGCAGUCCUCGCAGUCGUCCGAGGGCUCGAUGACGCGCUCGGAGGGCGAGCAGUCGAGGCCGUCUCGCCGGCUGGGCAUCACGGGCUACGUCGGCCUCGUGCGGGAGGGCUACGAUGAGCUGGUCAAAGCGAUCAUCAGGCCGCCGCGCGCCGAGUACUCGCUCAACGACCUGGGUCCGAGCGAGUUUCGGUACGGCGGGGUCGAUUUCGUGCGGCAGGACGUCUCGGUCCCGAACCGGCGCGGCCUCGCGCUCUGCGGCAGCCUGUGGCGGCGCGCGGACCUCGAGCCUGGCAGCAGCUUCCCGUGCGUGGUCUACCUGCACGGCAACGCGUCAUGCCGCGCCGAGGCGACGACGAUCGCGAGCCAGGUGCUCGCGCUCGGCGCCGCCCUCUUCUCCUUCGACUUUGCCGGCUGCGGCCUCUCCGAAGGCAACUACAUCUCGCUCGGCUUUUUCGAGCGCGACGACGUCGAGACGAUGAUCGGGUGGCUGCGCGAGUACGCGGGGGUGGGGGCGGUGGCGCUGUGGGGCCGCUCCAUGGGCGCCGUGUCCUCCGUGAUGCAGGCCGCGCGAGACCCGUCCAUCGCAGGGCUGGUCCUCGACUCGCCCUUUGCCUCGCUGGAGCAGGUUGCCCUCGAGCUCGUCUCUGGCGGACCAGACGGCGACCGGCCCGAGGGCGUGCCCAACGUCCCCGGAUUCCUCGUCAAGUCGGCGCUGCGGAUGGUCGCCUCCUCCGUCAAGAGCCGCGCGGGGUUCGACCUGUACAAGUGCCGACCUGUCGACGCGGCGCCAACUUGUUUCAUGCCGGCGCUCUUCGCGACGGCGCACGAUGACGUGCUCGUCCGGCCGCACCACUCCCGCCUCAUAUUCGACGCGUUUGCGGGCGACAAGAACUUGGUCACGUUCGAGGGCGAUCACAACGAGAUGAGGCCCGGCUUCUUCCUCGAUUCCGCCGCCAUCUUCUUCACCAACGUGCUGCGCAUCCCAGAUGCGGCAGCCCUCGAGGUGCCGACGGAUCACUCGGGCCGGCCGCUACCCCUCAUGCAAGUGCUGCUGAUGCAGCAGCGCGGCGCGGCGGCGCGGCUCUACGGCCCUCGCGGCGGCGAGGCGACGCAGGCGGAGCGAGCGCGGUUGCGAGCCGAGGCGCAGCAGGAGCCUCGAGCGGCGCAGCAGCUGGAGGAGCCUUCUCCGAGCCUUCUCCGAGCCUUCUCGGAGCCUUCCUCUCAGGAGCUCGAGCGGCAGCAGCUGGAGGAGGAGGAGAUGCUCAACCGCGCCAUCCUCGAGUCGCUCUCCUCGUCUGAGCCUCCCGCCGCCUGCCGGCAGCGAGCCUCCGACAACCACGCGCCGCAGCCGCCGCCCGCCGCGCCGCCCGCCGCUCCUUUCGACGCGGCGGCCGUCGAGCGGGCCGCCGCGCCGCCGGCUGACGGCCCCCCCUCGCCGCCGGCGCCGCCGGGGGAGGCGACGACGCCGGAGGAGCCCGCCGAGGACCGGCUGCUCGCCGAGGCCAUCAAGCUGAGCCUGCAGGACGCGACGCAGGCGAGAUGUAUGCCGAGAGGUUCCGGGAGAGUCCGAGACACGCCGUAUGACGCACCGAGAGACGCCGAGAUACACCGAGACAUACUGAGAUAUACCGAGAGAUGCCGAGAAACGCCGAGAGAUGCCGAGAGACGCCGAGAGAUGCCGAGAGACGCCGAGAGAUGCCGAGAGUAACGAGAGAUGGCAAGAGUGCCGAGAGAUGCCGAGAGGUACCGAGAGAUACCGAGAGCCUGCAGGACGCGACGCAGGCGCAGAAGGUGGCCGAGGUGGACUGAGGGCGAGGCCCAGCCCCCCGGGCCGCGAGAGGGUGAGCAUUGGAGGGGAGGGUUGGCCGGAGGAGGGCGCCGGCGCCGCGAGCCUCCGAGCCGCGGGUUCCGCGCGACGCGGACUGAGGCCGAGGGCGUUGUGUGCGGUACAUGUACCCCAGGCCGCCCAAGCUGUGCGUCUUUAUGCUGGCGGUUGCUGCGGGGGCGCGGAGCGGCGGGAAGUUGGCCGUUCUCGAACGCUGGUCGCUGGAGACAGCUCUUCAAGCGGGUGUGGGGAGAUGCACGAUGAUGAGAGAGCGCGCUGAGAAAAGGUGUGUUUCCUGUGUGUGUAUUCGCAAAAACGUGCAACGUGGUCCCCC